UUUACAUUUUUAUGUUAGUUGUAAAUACGACGUACUGUACAUAAAAUAGCUGGAUAUACCUAUUUACGACCUACCAAUAUAUCGUAAUAUAGAAGUUUCGUAUAAAGUGUUUUAACUAUGGAACAGUGGAAAGGCAAAGUAGCAAUAGUAACUGGUGCUAGUGCUGGGAUCGGUAAGGCGAUCGUUGUCAAAUUGGUUGAAUACGGCGUUCAUGUUGUAGCGCUUGCUAGAAGAGAAGAUAAGCUUAAGGAAUUAGCAGAAUUGCUAAAUGAAAAAGGAAAUGAUCAUGGAAAAGUACAUACAAAAGUUUGCGAUGUGACAGACGAACAAGCUGUGAAAAAUGUAUUUUCUUGGGUAGAUUCUACAUUGGGAGGUGUUUAUAUUUUAAUCAAUAAUGCCGGAACUGUAAAAAUAUCAAGCCUUCUAAAUGGAAAACUGGAAGAUUGGCAAUAUAUGAUGAAUUUAAAUGUUUUGGCAUUAAAUGUGUGUUCAAGGGAAGCUUUUCAAUCUAUGACGAGAAAUAAAAUUGAUGGUCAUAUUAUUCAAGUAAACAGUACUGCUGGUCAUAGUAUACUACCUCACUUCUCAAUGAAAAUGUAUAAUGCUACAAAACACGCAGUCAGGAUCUUAUGCGAGGGACUUCGUCACGAACUACAAUUAGUUGGCUCAAAAAUCAAAGUUUCCAGCUUAAGUCCGGGAGCAGUUUCAACAGACCUUUUAUCAAGUAUUUAUAAAUGUAUUAAUAAAGAACCAAACUCAACCGUUCAACUAAAUAGCCCAAUAGCACUUAAAACUGAAGAUGUUGCUAAUGCAGUUAUCAGUAUUUUAGCCACUCCACCAAGUGUACUAAUAGCUGAAAUGACAAUCGUGGCUAAUGGAUUAACAAUACAAUCACAUUUCCAACCAUCGGCUGCAACCGUGGAAGACUUAUUACAAUCAUAAAAAUAUUUAUUUUUAAAUAUAUAAAUUUGUCAAUUAUAUUUUUUUUCGUAUUA